CUCAUGUUGCCGGCCAGCCAGAGGAGCCCUCGCCAGCGACCGGCUGGGCAUUGAGCACCUCGGCGUCCACUCUCACCGCUGAGGGUCUCCCCCUUUGACGUGAAGGAUCCCAAACAGCCCGAGACUGUUUUCCAGGAAGCCCGCUGUCUCGUCUCGGGGUCACGGCAAAGAUCAAGGUUCAUGGUGGAUUCUUCCGCCCCGCUAGUCCGGAAUGGAGGAAGCAGGCCUCCCUGUGCGGCUAUUCCUGGAUGACACAAACACACACAAGUCUCUAUCAGCUGAAGUAAACGCUAACCAGUGUGCACGUGCACAUCAUCUGCGACGGAAGGGGCACGCUGGAGCUAAAUAUACAAUGGGCACAAUGACUUAGCAAAUGUGGGACGUGUCUAUAAACAAUAACAAACGUACACACAUCAGAUGAAUAACUCAACAGUCCCUCGGAAAUUAAGUGAUCAAUGGGCCAAAGGAAUCUUCAAAAUCCCAGAUGUACCCAAACCAGCGCUUGACUCUCCCGCCACACAGACGUGUGGUCGGGGCUCCAGACAUGAGCUCACGGAGAAACAUCAUCAGUUCGAUGGACUGAAGAAUGCGUGGCUUCUGCAGUCAUGUCUCGCAGGAGCUGUCGCCUGGCGUCCACGGGCUACUACAACUCAGAUGACGAGUCCGACUCAAGUAGCGUGACCAACAUUUCAUAUCGAGAGAACCCCGUCAAGGUUUUCAAGAAGAAAGCAGGGACCCGCAAGGCUGUGUCUCGUGCCUCCACCAGUUCCAGCAGCUUCCAGUCACCUUCCACCAAAGGCCGCAAGCCUUCCCUGAGCACCCAGACGGACCUGACCAUGGGGAGCGUGUCCUACACCAGGGUCACGCCCCGGCCCCCCCUGAUCCCGGCGUCGUCAACCACGACUCAGACCCCCACCCGUUGCCCACCGCCUCCUCCAGAGAGGAUCCGCGGUAGCGGCCAGGCCGUCGUCUACCUCCGACCGGACCAGGAGAAGAGCUGUGUUGACAGCUCGGGCUACUCCUCCUCUGAGGGUGUCAACCUGAAAUCUCCAACAGCGAGCACCACCGCCAAGUCCAGCGCCAGCACCAGCACCAGCACUAGCACCAGCACCAGCAAAGCCAAAAGUAACCCCCUGGCUCCCCCUGCCGAAUGCAGACGGCAAAUCAACAGCGCCCUCUGUCGUGUGAAGGAGACACUAUCAACAUUGACUGCCAAGAUAAACCAUCUGACCACUUUGGGUGCUCAAGUUUGGUCAGAGCCGCUGGUGUACUUUCAAUGGCUUUAUCCAACGAACGCAAACAGACACUUCAUAAGUGCCCAAACUAAGACAACUUGCAUUGCCCUCAUCCUCCUCUUUCUUCUGGUUGCCUUUGUGUGGUUCCUUCCUCCCUUGUUGACGCCUUUGCACACCCUCACCGACUUCAUAAAGGCCCAAUCUCCGCCCGCCAAAGUCACGCAGCGCCCCGUUCUACCAAACAGACCUUCUCCACUCGACAACGUGCAGUACACAACUGCAACGGACUCUGGCACACUGCCUACUGAGAUGGAAGCUAAGGUGCAGCAUCUUCAGGAGGCUCUGCAGCAGAAGCAGGAGCUCCUCGAUAAGAUGAGGGCGCAAUUUGAGGCGGACGUGCAGAAUAUUUGGGACCACGUGAAAGGGGUGGAGUCCAGUAGUGCGCAGAAUCUGGACCACGAGGUCAACGUACUGAUUAAGAAGAUAGAUGAUCAGCAGGAACAGUCCAUCUCAAGACUCAACGAUCAUGAGGAACAGUCCAUCUCAAGACUCAACGGCAGAAUAAAAGCUUUGGAGACCAAGAUUGUCGAGUUGUCGAGGGAUUUGCUGUCCUCCCAAUCACAACCUGGGCUGCCUUGUCCUAACAUCUCCAGUCCAAGACAGCUCACGCCAGAGCUUCAGCAGGCCAUGGAGAAGUGGCUCACUGACCGCAUCCAGGCGCACAAUGCCGUCAACCUGGAGGACAAAGGAAUCUCAGCGUGCGCACAGCCCUUGGCUAACAAAAUGGCCGACUUUGCGCUUGAGACUCAAGGUGCCAGCGUUAUCAGCACCCGCUGUUCUGAAACGUAUCGCACCCGCUCGGCCUGUCUGAGCUUGUUUGGAUUUCCAUUGUGGUACCCGAUGGAGAGCCCCCGCACUGUCAUUCGGGGCGAGCCAAUGCUGCUCCCGGGCAAAUGUUGGGCCUUUCACGGUGCCCACGGGACCCUGGUCAUCGCCCUGUCUCACCCCAUAAGGAUUACCCAUGUGACGCUGGAUCACGUGCCACACCAUAACACCCCCACCGGCCGAAUCGACUCUGCACCCAAGGACUUUGAGGUUUAUGGGUUGAAGGACGAGGUGGACGAAGGAACGCUCCUGGGAACGUUCACGUACAACGAGGACGGCGAACCCACCCAGACGUUUGAGCUGCCCCCCAGCAACGUGAUCUACCGCGUGGUCGAGUUGCGCGUCCUCAGCAACUGGGGUCACAUGGACUACACGUGCCUCUACCGCUUCCGAGUGCACGGUACCUUGGCGACGGACACAUGAUGGCGGCUUCGCUGGUUGGAGUGGUGAGUCCCACUUGAAAGGCGCACUGAGCCUUCUUCACAUCAAUUGAAAUCUAUGCCAAUACACCUUUACCAUAGCAAAGCUGGUUCUCGGGCUCACUUUAGUUGCUUGUAUUAUUGUUGAAGGAUGUAAAUGAUAUAUACAUGCGUGUUUAAAAAAAAAAAAAAAAAAAAAAAAUCAUGUUGUCCCUGUUACUUAAAUACUUGAAUUUACUUUUUCUUUAAAUCCUACUAUUAGAUCCAUGACGCCUGUCUUUAUCGAACUGGUGAAAAGUACUUGAAACUUCUAUGAAAGCAAAGUCAGGCAGGAUGAAAAUGUAUUUUUUUGUGAGAGAGUAUAUUUUAGAAAAAGUAUGCCUUGUGUUCCACUAUCGUUCAGGGACGGAGUGCUUGUGGCAAAAAAGAAACAAAUUAUUCAAAACAACAAAAUAGUAAUGUCAGAAAAAAAUGAUGUGGCGGGCUGUAUCUGGGGCCCCGGGCCUUGAGUUUGACACCUAUGGUCAAUAUGCUAUAAAGAGUUUGAUAGAAUUAUUUUUGACUGGAAGUGACGUAUCGUAUUUGAAAGGAUAUUUAUAACUGCUUAGGUUUUUGUACAUAAAUGACUGAAUACAAGAUGCUCUUUCCUUCUUGGAUGUAUACACUGAAUAAAUUAAUCUUUGUUUAACUUCA